AUGGCGCAGCCGCACCGUUGUGUGGCGCUGAUCGCCGCUCUCGCAGCUGCGGUGCUGCUCUUGGCGCUUGCCGCGCCCGCGGCACGUGCCAGGGUGGCGAGCCCAUGGGAUGCGAUCGAGGACGACGUCUACUUGGAUAAUGGUUUUGAUGCCAAGGCAAAACCGUUCCUUAUAAGCGAGGCAGAGAGGCUGAACACGCUGAAGGUGAUGCAGGCGUUUGCUGCUGCGAUGCCCUCGCUGGGGUGGAGCGGAGACGACUUCUGCACCUGGGCUGGUGUGAGGUGCUUCGAUACCAAUGUGAGCUUCGGCGACGUUGGUAGCUUGGCUACCGGCACGCUGCCUGAGAUGCCUGAUGACGUGGACUACUCGCUGGUGAAGCUUGAUCAGGUGGAUCUCUAUCAGAACGCCGGUGUCACUGGAAGCCUGCCGAGCAGCUGGAGCAAGCUGCAUAAGGUGAGGACAAUCAACCUUGGGUACACGAGCAUCAGCGGCACGCUACCUGCGUCGUGGAGCUCGAUGAGCUCGCUGAAGUUCUUGACCCUGAGCUUCACAGAUGUAUUCGGCACGCUGCCGGCUGCCUGGGACUCGAUGCCGAGCAUUGAGAUCAUCCUCAUGUCCACCACUCAGCUCAGCGGGACUCUUCCUGAGGAGUGGAGCACUAUGCCGAGCGUACGGAGGAUUCACCUUCAACAGUGCCACCUGCACGGCUCCUUCCCCGCGUCAUGGGCAGAGAUGCCGUCGCUUGAGCGCUUGGGCCUUCAACAGAACGACUUCUGCGGCUGUGUGCCGGACUCGUGGCUGGCCUCCCCCACGCUAUGGGUAGGCGUGGACGCCAAGCACCGCAUGCCCGACUGUGCGACUGCCCACGCCUGCGCUGAGACCACAACGCCCGAGCCCGUCCCGAGCAGCUCUGCGUCCGCCGGCGGGGUGUCCGGGUCGUCCAGCUCGAGCACCGCGACGACUGCGGAGCCGACCACGAGCAGCUCCGGGUCCACUGGCGGGGUGUCCGGGUCGUCCAGCUCGAGCACCGCGACGACUGCGGAGCCGACCACGAGCAGCUCCGGGCCCGCCGGCGGGGUGUCCGGGGCGUCCAGCUCGAGCACCGCGACGACUGCGGAGCCGACCACGAGCAGCUCCGGGUCCACUGGCGGGGUGUCCGGGUCGUCCAGCUCGAGCACCGCGACGACUGCGGAGCCGGCCCCGAGCAGCUCCGGGUCCACUGGCGGGGUGUCCGGGUCGUCGAGCUCGAGCACCGCGACGACUGCGGAGCCGGCCCCGAGCAGCUCUGCGUCCACUGGCGGGGUGUCCGGGGCGUCCAGCUCGAGCACCGCGACGACUGCGGAGCCGGCCCCGAGCAGCUCCGGGUCCACUGGCGGGGUGUCCGGGUCGUCCAGCUCGAGCACCGCGACGACUGCGGAGCCGACCACGAGCAGCUCCGGGCCCGCCGGCGGGGUGUCCGGGGCGUCCAGCUCGAGCACCGCGACGACUGCGGAGCCGACCACGAGCAGCUCCGGGUCCACUGGCGGGGUGUCCGGGUCGUCCAGCUCGAGCACCGCGACGACUGCGGAGCCGACCACGAGCAGCUCUGCGUCCGCCGGCGGGGUGUCCGGGUCGUCCAGCUCGAGCACCGCGACGACUGCGGAGCCGACCACGAGCAGCUCCGGGUCCACUGGCGGGGUGUCCGGGUCGUCCAGCUCGAGCACCGCGACGACUGCGGAGCCGACCACGAGCAGCUCCGGGCCCGCCGGCGGGGUGUCCGGGGCGUCCAGCUCGAGCACCGCGACGACUGCGGAGCCGACCACGAGCAGCUCCGGGUCCACUGGCGGGGUGUCCGGGUCGUCCAGCUCGAGCACCGCGACGACUGCGGAACCGGCCCCGAGCAGCUCCGGGUCCACUGGCGGGGUGUCCGGGUCGUCCAGCUCGAGCACCGCGACGACUGCGGAGCCGACCACGAGCAGCUCCGGGCCCGCCGGCGGGGUGUCCGGGGCGUCCAGCUCGAGCACCGCGACGACUGCGGAGCCGACCACGAGCAGCUCCGGGUCCACUGGCGGGGUGUCCGGGUCGUCCAGCUCGAGCACCGCGACGACUGCGGAGCCGGCCCCGAGCAGCUCCGGGUCCACUGGCGGGGUGUCCGGGUCGUCGAGCUCGAGCACCGCGACGACUGCGGAGCCGGCCCCGAGCAGCUCUGCGUCCACUGGCGGGGUGUCCGGGGCGUCCAGCUCGAGCACCGCGACGACUGCCCGCCCUACGCCAUGUCCGCCGCCGUGCCUCGUGCCGAACUGCUUGGUGUGCGUUGCGGACAACUGGAUGUGGUGCAGCGAGUGCUACUCAGGAUACGUGCUGACUGCUGACGGGUGGUGCAUGAGGCGCGUUGGUGAGGAUGCUGCUGCGUUCCCUGUGGGGCCUGCUGCCGCUGUCGUCUCCGCGGCUGUGGUGGUGGUGGUUGGCGCUGUGCUUGCGUAG